UCCAAUCACUCGCCCUGCUCCCACCAAAAAAUAAAUCGAACGCGACCCACGCGGAAGGAUCGACGGCCCAGCCACGCCCGCGGGUCAGGCAAGAGGCAAGGCACAAAUUGACCGGCGAGGCGAGACGAUGGGGCAGAGCCAAGCCAAACACAGACCCAAACCAAACGCGCGACACGCGACGCAGGAGCGGCGCGGCAACAUCGCGGAGCCAGACGCGGCCACCGAGGGCCAGAGGCGCGCGCCGGCAGCACCGGUUCAGGCCGCGGCCAUGGACACCUUCUUCCUGUCGCACGGCUCGCCCACGCUCCCCAUCGACGACAAGAUCCCGGCGCGGCACUUCUUCAAGUCGUGGCUGCCCGAGCGGGUCGCGGGCGACCAGCCGCCGCGCGCCAUCCUUGUCGUCUCGGGCCACUGGGAGACGGCCACGCCGGCGGUCAACGUCAUCCGCGGCAGCAACGACACCAUCCAUGAUUUCUACGGCUUCCCCAAACCUAUGUACCAGCUCAAGUACCCUGCGCCAGGGGCACCGAACUUAGCCAUACGGACCAAAGAGCUCCUGGAGCAAGCCGGGUUCGGCCCCGUGAAGGAGGAUCACAGCCGCGGGCUCGACCACGGCGCGUGGGUGCCGCUGAUGCUCAUGUACCCGGACGCCAACAUCCCGGUGUGCCAGCUCUCGGUGCAGACCGACCGCGACGGCACGUACCACUACAACCUCGGCAGGGCGCUGGCGCCCCUGCGGGAGGAUGGUGUCCUCAUCCUCGGGUCCGGGAGCGCCACGCACAACCUGCGCAAGAUGGGCCCGUUCGACUCGCCGGUGCCCCAGUGGGCAGCGGAGUUCGACACUUGGCUCAAGGAUUCGCUCCUGAACGGAAGGCACGAGGACGUGAAGCUGUACGAGGAGAAGGCGCCGUACGGGAAGGUGGCGCACCCGUGGCCGGACCAUUUCUACCCGCUGCACGUUGCGCUCGGCGCCGCCGGGGACAGCGCGAGGGCGGAGCUGAUCCAUCACAGCUGGACCAACGCCACCAUCUCCUACGCUUCUUACAGGUUCACCACGAAGGAUUGACGACCGGCUCGGGUUGCCGGUAGUAGAACACCGGCCAGUUGCUGAAUGCAUGGGAAGCAUCCACCCCCUAAGGUCUUGCAUACGCUUGUAGCAUUGUACUUCCAAUAAGCAGCCCGUCCCCCGUACGUAGUAGACAUGCAUCACUUCAUGUUUGUAUUGUUCAGUGCUGUGGCUUAUCUGUAGAGAAGCUUUCGGUGCUCCCAGUGGUGAAUCCAAGGCGAGUUCAAGGGUAAAAUGAUGUAAUAAGUCUGAAAAAUGCACCUGUUGUGUAGGUGAGGUCAUGAUGACAAUCAAAUGUAAAUGUAUUUAGCAUAUCUUGAUGUUAUAUUUGUAAGGUAUUCAUCUUAGUUAUCUACGAUGUAUUUAGACUCUACAUUUGUAUUUGAUUAUGUACCUACAUGUUGUAAUAUAUUCAUGUAAUUUUGUGUACGUGUAUGUUAUAUGUUGUUCACGUAACUGUAUAUAUAUUUUCAUGUAACAGAUUUUUUAUAUUAUUUAUGUAUAUUUGGUUUCAAUAUAUAUUUGGUUUCAAUGUA